AUGGACGCGCCUCGGCCGCGGGGCAUCGUCGUCUUCGGCGGGGGCACGGCGACGAACAGCCUCGUCGACGUCUUCGAGCGCAUCCGCGAGAGCCGCGGCUGCCAGCUCACCUACGUCAUCCCGAUCAGCGACAACGGCGGCAGCUCCUCCGAGCUCAUACGCGUUCUGGGCGGGCCCGGCAUCGGCGACAUCCGCAGUCGCCUGGUGCGCCUGAUCCCGGCGGCCGAGUCGGACGGCGAGCGGGCGGCGAUUCGGGCCUUGUUCAACCACCGGCUGUCGGCGGACCCGGCGCGGGCGCGGCUGCAGUGGCUCGACGUGGUCGAGGGCCGCGACCCGCUCUGGGCCGCCGUCGCGAGCGAGAAGCGCGAGCUCGUCCGCUCCGUCUUCAACCACGUCAACCUCGAGAUCGUCAAGCGCGCCCGCCCCAGCUCCGUCUUCAACUUCGCCCGCGCCAGCAUCGGCAACCUCUUCUUGACCGGGGCACGCAUCUUCACCGGCUCGCUCGAGUCCGCCAUCUACCUGCUCUCCAUCAUCUGCGGCAUCCCGCCGACCGUGUCGACGCUGCCCGCCAUCAACACCAACUUCACGCACCACAUCUGCGCCGGCCUCGUCGACGGCACCCAGAUCACCGGCCAGAACGCCAUCUCGCACCCGUCGGCCCCGACCGCCUUACCCGAGAACGGGAACGGCGCCGCGGCCGGAGCGAUCGCCGACGGCGUCGCGUCGUCCGCGUCUUCGCGCCGCAGCGAGACCGAGGAGCACGACCGCAUCGAGGACGCCACGCUGCCCGGCUCGCUGCCCACGCUGCGCAAGCAGUACAUCGAGUUCCACAAGGGCGGCGGCGGGGCGCCCUCCGCCCCGGGCCCAGGAACCGACAACAGCAGCAGCAAUAGCGCCCCGGACGAGCCCAGCGGUAGCAGCACCAGCGGCGGCGGCGGCGGCGACGAGGACCUGCCGUCGCGCAUCGCGCGCAUCUGGUACAUCAACCCGUACGGGCACGAGAUCUGGCCGCUAGCGAACCCGAAGGUGCUCGCCGCGGUCGCCGGCGCGGGCGCGGUCGUGUACAGCAUCGGGAGCCUGUACACGUCCAUCGUGCCGAGCCUGGUGCUGCGCGGCGUGGGCGCGGCGCUCGCGCGGCCCGGCGGGCCGCGCUACAAGGUGCUGGUGCUGAACGCGCGCGCGGACCGGGAGACGGGGCCGCGGGGGGCGGCGCUGACGGCGGCGGACUUUGUGCGGACGGUGGCGCGCGCGGCGGCGCAGAGCCGCGGCGGCGAGGGCGGCGACGACGCCGACGCCGGCCAGGCCGACGCCCGCCGCUACGUCACCCACCUCGUCUACCUCGAGGGCCCCGGCGCGCCCCGCGUCGACCGCGCCGAGCUCGCCGCCCUCGGCGUCGAGUGCGUCCGCGCGUACGGCCGCCGCAACGCCGCCGACGGCAUGCUCCGGUACGACGAGGCCGGGCUCGCGCGCGCGCUCGAGGCCGUCAUCGGCCGCCCCGAGGCGUCGCGGAGCCGCCGCAACACGAGCGGCCAGUGAGCCGGCCCUCUCCGCGCGCGCGCGUGCUUGCUUUCAUGGUAAGGGGGGAGGGGGGGGGACCGGAUCGAGGAAACGAAGUGGGUCGGUGCAAGGUAGCUACCUAGCUAGCUGGCGAGCUUGGCUCUGUCUGCCUGGGAAUACAGACAGCAACUAUUACAGACCUAUCUCCUACGGGGCCGGGGCGGGGCCGAGUGACCGAUGAGGAGAUGUGCUCUGUGGAGGGGGAAGAGGGUGUCGCGCGCGCCGUCGGAGACCAACACCUACAGGGGAGCAAAAGAGAGGGAAAGGGAGAAAAUUGUUUCUGUUGUAGAGUGGGAGGGCGGAUGGGGCGUACGAUGGAGGAUAGAGAGGUAUCAUGGAGCCAUGUAUUUUCCAUCUUCGGAAGUAUUCGUUUAUUAUUGUACAAUUGUCCCCGAUACGAGGAGCUGGUAGGGGUAGCCAGGGGAUAUAGUCCAAUAUCUACCGGCGAAGACGUGGAAAGCGAGAGAGCA